GCCCAUAUAGCCCACACGCGCGCGCGUCUGCAGCAAGAGCACCCAUUGUUUCAGACAUGGAGAAGAGCAAGGUCCUAGUGGUUGGCGGCACGGGGUACAUCGGCAGAAGGAUGGUGAGGGCGAGCUUGGCUCAGGGCCACCGGACCUUCGUCCUGACGCGGCUGGAGAAGGUUGGCAUGGACAUCGACAAGCUCCAGCUCCUGCUGUCGUUCAAGGCGCAGGGAGCGGUCCUCGUUGAGGCGUCGAUGGAUGACCACCGGAGCCUCGUCGCCGCCGUGAAGCGGGCCGACGUCGUCGUGUCCGCCAUGGGCGGUCCACACCUGCUGCAGCAGCUCAAGCUCGUGGAGGCUAUCAAAGAAGCUGGGAAUAUCCAGCGGUUCCUACCAUCUGAAUUCGGCAUGGACCCGGCAAGGAUGGGGCACGCUCUUGCCCCGGGGCGGGUCACGUUUGAUAACAAAAUGGUGAUAAGAAAGGCAAUAGAAGAAGCAAAUAUUCCUCACACCUAUGUCUCUGCUAACUGCUUUGCGGCUUACUUUGCUGCUAACCUAUCUCAAAUUGGUACUCUUCUCCCACCCAAAGAGAAAGUUCACGUAUAUGGGGAUGGCAAUGCCAAAGGAAAAGAACCACCAUGGACGUACAUUUGCAUGCCUGGGACGCUGCGCCUGAACCACGCGCGACUGAUCAGCCGGCUCGUCCGGCCGUCCGGCCCGCUGCUCCCGUCGAGCGUCAAAGGCACUGAUAGAUCUGGUGUCCGCAUGGUGUACCUCGAGCCACACCUUCUCCACCGGGCCGCCGGAGAUGUGCCGCCUUGUAAAGAUUUCAACUCUCACUUUCACCGGAUUGCAAAGGGUCGUGACCUCUCCGGUGGCGAGCGCCGGUGCGUGUCCAUCGGCGGGGAGGCCGUGCAGGACCCAUGCACACACUAG